CUUAGAGUAGUACACCUUCAUGAUCUGCUUUGUUCGCCGAGGUUUUUGUCACGGAGGCACGUUUUACUCGGUAGGCGAAUUACCCCGAUAUAAGAGCUCAAACUUAUCUCAUCGGUUUACGUUAGAAAACCGGUUUAGACCGAAAUCGGGGAUUAAUUUCGGUCUGGCAUCUCGAUUAGAGAUCGGUUUGAACGAGAAACUGAACCGUCGCGAGUAAGCCUUUGGGUAUUUAGGGGGCCUUUGAGGCCCAUUUAGGUUUCUGUAGACCUAAUGAUUGCGCUUCGGAGGAUGUGCCCUUGUUUUUGCUAUAAAUAGGCUCCCCCCUUUCGCUUUCGUCAUUCUUCUCUACAAGUUCAGGUAUUCCGCUUUCUCUCCCUUCUCUCUACUUUUACUUUCUCUCUCUAGGUACGUUUCUCCUUACACAGGCUCGUCGGUAUCGUCUGGCGGUUGUAGUCGUCCCCUAAAUCCAGGAUCAUGCCUCUGAGAGGUCGUUUGUCGCGAGAAGAAAAAAGGAAGGGCGUCGCAGAUUCUCCGAGUCCGACCAGAGAUGCACGGGUAGCCGACAGUCCACCGGAUGAUUUCGACUUGAUUAAUCGCGACGCUCUUCGGGAUUUAGACAAUAUGACCCUAUCUCAACGCCUUUUGGUCGCUGAUGCUCAUAAGAUGAUCCGUGAUGAAUGUGCGGAUCGCGUUGAAGUCGGGAGCAGUGACAUGAGCGGUAGCGGCUCUGAAGCGUCUAGCUAAGCCUCAAGAUCUUUGAGACGAGCUAGUCGGGAGAUUCCUUUCGACCAGAUAGACUGCCGUCCCACGAUCUAUCAUCCUGGCGGGAUCUUCGAAGAACUCGGCCCACUCCCGUCCGAAUUGCUUCGUGACCCGCGGGCUCAGUCAUGGGGGAAUGUCUUCGAUUCUUGCUCCUCUCACAAGACGGUGAGGGAUUUAUUGAGGCGAAGUGGAGGUGCCGGCGUUACAUAUAUCAUUCCUUCCAAGGGACAGCGUCCUUGGUCGCCUCUGAUUGGCUAUAAGUGUGUCUACGAGUCCUAUUUUGGAGACCAUACGAAGCUCUGGUUUCCAAUUCCCCGACUGAUCACGUCGUACGCAUUCCGUCGGGACAUCGCCAUCUGUCAGUUGCUUAACGGGUCACUGCACAUCGCGGUUAUGCUAAUGGUGAUGGCAGCGGAGAUAGACGUUUCGAUGAGUGUGAGAGUAUUCGAAGAGUUAACUUUUUCGAAGGCGGAGCCACAUGGAAUAUUUUCAGUGAAGAUGCGCUCGAGCUACAACGUCUUGGCUGGGCACCCGAACAAAACGAAGGACUGGCAGCGCUCAUAUUUUUACGUCAAGUCUGACGAACAUGCCUUCUCGGAGCCACCUGGGGACGACUACCGCGUUCUAUGGAACAAAACGCUUGGUAGAUAGUGUUUUUUGUCAUCAUGCCUUAUUCGAGUAUUCUAACAGCAUGUUUCUUGUUGUUGCAGUUCGUCACCCGAAUACGAUCGCAUACCCGGAGAAAUUCUUCGAGAGUGCUCAGGCGAUAGCGGCUCACAGCCAUCUCCGUUGGCCUGAUCUUAGUCGAGAGUGGAUAAGACGUCAAGAAGCUCGGAUUGCUAGAGGUGAGUUCAUCGGUCUUUCUCCAAGAGGUUCUAUCAACAAUUAAGUCUCUCUUCUUUUUCUUUUUUACAGUUGAUUGAGAAUCGAGACUUCCUGUUGUACUCGGGCCCCGUAAGUCGCGUCUGUCCCUUUUUACUCGGAAGCAGCAGAAACUUCUAGACGAAGCUAGAAAGAUGGACGGAGUGCUGGAUUUGAGUGCAUUGAUGAAGGGGAAGCUGCAGUUGCUUUCGAAGAAGUCAAUUCCUGCCGAUGUACAAGGGUCGACCAGUUCUGACGCAGGCCGAGCUUCCAAGGAAGAAGCUCAUGGUUUAGUCGACAAAGACGUUGGGGCGGAGCCUCCUGCCUCGAGUACUAAAAAGAAGAAGAAGAGCAAGAAAUCUAGGAGGAAAAUGCCCGAAGAGCUUCCUCUUGAAGAGAUCGCUUCUCUCGACGAAACCUCCGAGGGUUUGGAAGCAAGGAAGGAAGAGAGAGGAAGGAAGAGACCCUACGAAGGGGCUACUUCCUCCAUUGAUCACGGCGAGACGCCGGCAGUAGGACGAGAAGGCGCUACAAGGGGUUCCGUCGAGUCUGAUCGUUCUGAAGCGGCACCUGAAGAUCGUCCCAGGAAGAAGAGGAAGAAGAAGUCCAUCGAGGCAGAGCCGCGUCUUUCUGAUGUGGAGACGGGCCUCGUCGAAGUUGUCGCGGGAGGCGACAUUUCUCUUGAAACCCCUCCUGAGGAGAGAGAGGUCUCAGCGCGGGGCAGUGAUCCUAUUACGGGUGAGAGAUCUAUUCCUGAUCCGUCUGCGAGGAAAGGGUCUCGUUCAGAAGGUUCUACUGUGAGGAGGAAGAAGGUCGAGUUCCCCGAUCGCGUCGAGUUUUCCUACAACGAGACGACCCCCCUAAUCCUUAAUCCUCUUAGGUGCGCGGAGCUGACGCGCCAAAUUCGUGGUGGGACGAGGGAGAUGCCACAAUUGGACGACCUUUACUUCAAGACUGAUACAUAGACGCUGCUUCCUCGAGAGCUCGGAGUGACGGGAGUAUGAACUUUCUCGUUGAGAAGUACGAUAGUACUCUGAAACAGACGAUGAUCCAGUUGGGAUCUUCGGAGAAGCUUGCCCAGACGAGAUUGAAGGUCAUCGAGAGAGUAAGGGCGGAGCAUAAGAAGGCCAACGAGAAGGCCGCAGAGGAGAAAGAGAUUCUUCGAGUGAAGUUCGAAGAGCUGGAGGGCAAGCUUAAAUCUUCCAGCGCGGCGAGGAAAGAGCUUGUCCGAGAAAAAAGUCAUUUGGAGCAAACGGCUGCGAACCUGGAGAAGGAGAAGACCGAGCUAGUCGAAGAGAGAGAUGUCGCGGUAGACAAACUAAUCAGAGAGAGGCAACGCUUGAGGGACUCCCGGGGUUUGGAGGUUACUCGUGAGAGGGAAAGAGUCGAGGCUGCUAUGGCUGAGAAGGCAAGUCGCCGUUUUGAUCGCGUGCGCGACCAUUUUACUCGUCUGGCGGCUUUUGAGAAGGCGAAGAACCUGUAUGGCCAAGCUUCGGGAACGAAGAAGUGCCUCGAGGUUAUAAAGGCGAGUGGGACGGAGAUCCCCCAAGAAAUGAUCGAUGUCUUCGCUGAGCAGGAGAAACUUUACAAGAUGGAGAUUAUGAAAUUCCGAGUAGAGCCGCUGUCUGACAGCGACCUUACACUUUCUCCGCUGGUCCUUCCUUCUCGUUUCGUCGAGGACCGGUUCAGAACGUCAUUUGAUCCCUAUGGGUCGAACGUAAACUUGAUCGGGCCAGAGACGGCUUCUCGGCUCGUUACCUCGCUCGAAAUUGUUGAGGAACCAUCAGAGGAUCCACUGGUUGACGUCACGUCUAUCCCUACCGAGCAUGUCAAGUCCCCGGUGGGAAGCGGUUUUGACGAGCGCCUAGAGAAUUAGAAUCUGAAGGGGUUUCCUGGAAAGGACGGCCUCGAGAUGGGCGACACUCCGGUUCGAGAGGGAGAGACCGAGAACGUGGGCGUCGAGGAUCCUGUGCUUGUCUCGGAUUCUUCUUCCGAAGGACGAGAGGAUGGGGAGGAGGAUAACGAUGGAAUCGAGGAGGCGUCGCUGCCGCGUCCCGCUGAGGAGGAGACGACCUACGAAGCUGGGAAUACGGAUGUUCCUCCGCUUCCUGUUGUAGACUCUCUUGCCCCUAUUUCUACUCGGGCGGAAAACCCGACUGCUGCCGCUACCAAAGGUCCUGACGAUCAAGAUUCUGUGCCUUGAUGUUUCACCUAUGUUCUUUUCUCCUCUUCUUUUUGUUUGUGGUCUUGAUAGACCCUGUUGUUGUACGAUUAGACAUACUUUUAUUUAAUCGGCAAGUCGCUGUUUUAAGCGGACUUUAAAUUUGUGGGUUGUUAUGUUUCUCAUAUGUUCUUGCAAACUUUGUUUAAAGUAAGUGUCAGUAUCUUUAGUGUCUCGCGACGUGCUCGCUUGGAGACAAUAGAUUCCUGACCUUUGGCUUUUGCAAAUAGAUAAGGAAACGAACCGCUAGGGGCUUUAUUCAGCUCUUGUCGUGUUUCGAUCGAGACGACGUCUAGGCGCAUCGUUCUAUAUCGAAAACGAGGGACUGAAUCUAAGAGUGGAAGGUUCUUUCGUCCGUUUCCUCAAUGACAAUCGAGUAAUUGGGUAGGUAGUCCAUUACGCGUUUAGUCGAGGAAAGGUUAAAGAUUCACUCCGUUUAGUCGGUCAAUGCUCCUUGGGCAUAUGUGACUAGCGACUGUUGAGUCCUCAGGCUAAGUGUCUGAUCAGGACAUAGCCAGGAAAUGGAACGAUAGUGUCCGCGUAUCUCCUGCUGGAGACACGGGAGCCGUUGGGUUUGAUAACAGGCAUCUACUCAGUAGAAGUUGAGACAAAGAACAAGAUUUUGACUUUGAUUUUGUUACAGCUGGACCUGUUUAAGGCUGCCUACGUACCUCGGUUGAGGAUCAAGCCAUUCGUAGUUCGUUUUCCCCGAGUAAAAGUGGCCGUGAGUGGCGCAUUUACUCGGUCGAGUAGAAGUGACCACGGGGGUGCAUCUACU